GAUUAUUGUUCAUCUUCUGACCCGGUUCUGGUGAGGCUCCCAGAAGGACGGUUUGAUGUUCUCCAUCCAGGACGGCCUCCCCCGGGGGGCCCUGACCAUGAAGGAGGAGCCGCUCCCCACCGGCAUGACCCCGGUCCGCUCCUGGAUGCAGGGCGCGGGGAUCCUGGACGCGAACACGGCGGCCCAGAGCGGUGUGGGUUUGGCUCGAGCUCACUUCGAGAAGCAGCCUCCGUCCAACCUGAGGAAGUCCAACUUCUUCCACUUCGUCCUGGCGCUGUACGACCGGCAGGGUCAGCCCGUCGAGAUCGAGAGGACGUCCUAUGUGGACUUUGUGGAGAAGGACAAGGAGUACAACGGCGAGAAGACCAACAACGGGAUCCACUAUCGGCUUCAGCUCCUCUACAGCAACGGCAUCAGGACAGAGCAGGACCUCUACGUUCGGCUGAUAGACUCCAUGACCAAACAGCCGAUCCUGUACGAAGGUCAGGACAAGAACCCGGAGAUGUGUCGCGUCCUCCUCACCCAUGAAAUCAUGUGCAG